ACAAGGUGAUCAAUUGUGUGAUGAGUUGAACAAUUUAUUAUCUACCGGCCGGCGUCAGCAUUGUUUUAUAUCACAUUGAAGUUUCGUUCGUCGAGUCGAUAGCACGUGUUGCGUUAGUUAAUUCACUUGCAAAUAAAAACCGCAAAAUAUAAACAUGGUGCCCGUCACGAUAGCUGAACCGGCGGUGCAAUCGUACAUAUUGUACUCGAGUAUCUUAGCUCUUAAAGUACUAGGCAUGGCGGUACUGACGGCAAGAGAACGAUACAGGAAGAAAGUAUUCGCAAACGAAGAAGACGCUAAAAAGACUAAGGGAAUAGUGAAGUUUGAUGACCCCGAUGUCGAGAGAGUCAGGCGAGCUCACUUGAAUGAUUUAGAGAAUAUCCCUGUGUUUUGGGUAUUGGGUGCAUUGUACUUGACUACAGGGCCUUCUAGUGCGCUGGCUACUCUUUUGUUCAGAGUGUACACUGCGGGCCGUGUCUUACAUACCAUCGUGUACGCCGUCAAACCCUUGCCUCAACCAGCUCGUGGUAUCGCAUACGGAAUACCAUAUUUAAUUAAGUGGUACAUGGGAGUCAAAAUUGUAUCUCACUAUUUAACUGCGCUAUCUUAUAUUUUGUAUUCAUCGAUUCUUGCUGUGAAGUUACUGUCCGUAGGAAUGCUGACAGGGCUAUUCCGGUUAACCCGUGGUAUUUUUAUAAAUCCGGAAGACGUGCAGAUUUUAGGUGGGAAAAUUAAAUUUGACGAUCCAGUUGUCGAAAGAUCACGACGCGCUCAUCGCAACGACAUAGAGAAUAUUCCAGCGUUUUGGAUACUUGGAGCUUUGUACGUGACGACUGGACCGGCAGCAGCGUGGGCUAAAUUUCUCUUCAGAGUGUACACAGUGAGCAGAAUUAUACAUACCGUAGUGUAUACAGUGGUACCUCUACCACAGCCGACGAGGGUUAUAGUGUUCAAAAUAGGGUAUCUUAUCACGUGGUACAUGGGCAUCCAAGUUGUGUUUCAUUACAUAACCGCAGUGUAAUUUUUUAAGAUUUUUUUUUAAUUACUUCAUUUUAAC